AGUCCAUUCUCUGGACAUUCUAUUGUAUCCUGGAGAGCUCCUGGCAUCCCCUGUGAUGUCACCAGUGUUGUGGCAACAACAACUGCUCUUAGAGCAUUCCAUCAGUACUUCAGAGUUCAUCUCGAAUCAUGUUUUCAAUGCUGAGGAGCAGAGUAAGGUAGAAGGAAGCUGGACCUCCAUCUCAGUGCAAUCCAGCAAGGAAGAAGUGGUUCUGGGAAGACCCGCUCCUACCACAGGCCAACUACAUUUUAUGAGAAAUUGCAUUUGCAACAUAAGACACCAUGUCACAGCUGCAGACCUGAACAGGAAAACCACUGAGGCCUCCAAGAACUUGAAGAUGCUUGAGGAGGAGAUUGGCUUCUAUCGCAACCUGCACAGCCAGCUGAGGAUGGCCCAGGCUCAGCUGAAGAACAAGGUGAAUAUGCUGAAGCAGGAAAAUAGGAGAAUUUGGGGGCGAUGUGCCACACUGCAGCAGAACUUGGAGGAAUUGAAAAUGAUCUAUAAGAAUCAACUGGAGGACACCAGUGACCCCCAGACCCAGCAGCAGCAGGAUCCAGAAAGAACGGAGGAAUUGCUGCAGGACAGUCACAAGCAGAAGAAGCUGGGCAUCCAAGAGAAGAAUUUAGCAGAAAAACAGCAGUAUUACUUUGAGGUGCGCCGGAAGAGCCACCUGUACAGCUGCUUCCUGACAGAGCUGAAUCAGUUGAAGAAGAAGCUGGAAAUGCUGAGUCAGGAAAACAAGGAAAUGCAGGGGGAUUGUGCCCUACUACAGCAUCACGUGGAGGACUUGAAACCAAUCUAUAAGAAGCAACAGGAGGAGGACAGUGACCUCCAGACCCAGCACCAAAAGCACAUGGAAAGGAUGGAGGAAAAGCUGCAGUACAUGCUGAAGAAGAAGAAUAUGGCCAUCAAGCAAAGGGAGUUGGCAGAAAAGCUGAAGUACCAAUUUGAGGUCCUGCAAAUGAGGUUUGAUAAAUUGCAGCAAGAGAUGGAACUGGCCAUAGCCCAGGAAGAGAGAGUCCUGCAGAAAGACCUGCUACAUCAGGAGCCCCCUGCUGAGCCCCAUCCCCAGAAACCACAGGAUCCCUUGGGUGGGUUUGCUUUAACAUAGUGUAUUUCCUCAGUGUGAAUAGGCCCUGAUUUUAUGGAGCCCAUGAGCCACCAGCCUUCUUCUGGGUCUGCUUCCCUUUGAUUUUCUAACAACUCCCCUUGAGAGAACUGAGGUGACUACCCUGUCACUGUGUCCAAGACCAGAGAUAAGCUGUAGGUUUGUGAUGCUAAAUCUGUAGUGAGAGAAUGGUGCUUAGCAUAAUUUUGUGUUUGGUUUUCUGUUUGGAGUUUUGCUCUUAGAUGUUUUGGUUUUCUUAUUGAUAUGCUAUUUGUUCUUAUUAUUUUUCAAAAAUUGCUAGCAUCAUUCACUGUUUAUACUGACUUCUGUUUUUAAUGCCCAUUAAGAGAAUGUUUUAUGAAUAAUAAACUUUUGUAACUCUUC